GGUGAUCUUCAAGACUUUAUUGCUACAAGCGACGAACUACCAAUAACUCAUGGUUUGUGAAAAGAAAUGACAAACCAUUGAGCAACAAAACAUUAUUCAGCAAUCGCGGUAUCUCUUAUACAGAAAACUGAAGGCGUGAAAAAAUACAAAUAUAUUCAAUCACACAUGUUUUACCCGAUUUUCUCUUCCGAAACAUGAUGCAAUUUACUUCAAGCUCAACCAGAGAUUGAACCUCAAAUCAGCGCACAGCAAUUUUAGUUCGGUCUUCUCUCUAAUGGAAAUUCGAAGAGAAUGUUCAAACCUCUUAACUCUGUCUUCAUCCGCUAUGUUUCCGCCGACUUCUGAUCUGAAAUUUUGUCCAACACUUGGGUAGAUUCCCUCAUAAAUAGUUAUUGUAUUCCUACUAAAUUAUACUUCAAACAAUAUUCUCGUUUGUCCUAUCAUUCCAAAAACUUGCUUUUUUAAACGAUAAUCAGCGAUAUACCUUAAAAACUAAAAGGGAUCCUUUUCUAAAAAAUGGAUCAUUCCGAUGUGUGUGCUUUAAACUACUAUCCGUUCCAAAAUACAAGACAGGCGGUUGCUUUUUGAGUAAUUAUUGAUAGAAGAUAGAUAGAGACCUGCGGUUUUCACUACUCGAUAGCUAAGACCUGCCCGCAAAAGCUUAUAUUACGUGCAAUAACCCAUUUUUGCCUAUAUUUGAGUAAAACUAAAAUAUUCAUAACCCAGCCCAGAUCCAUCGAAAUUACGUCAGAAUAUCAAGAUGUACUCUAUUUUACCAGCGCUAUAUGUAGUUUUAUUUGAGAAUAGUAAAAAACAUUGCUGUACUUCGCAAGAUUUCUAGAAAACUCUUUCAAAAACCAAUUUAUUUUCUGAUGGCUUUUAUAGCUUUUAUUGAGCUGCAUCAUAUAGAGUAGAUCAAUGUAUCGGUGAAUUUAUUCACACCAGUGAAUAAAUUCACCGAUGCGAAUUUUGAAGGCCCUUAGUUAAUAAGUGUGCGAUGUAGUAUCAGUUGGAAUGAGAGACUGAAGAGAAGGGGUUUGCUUUGCCAAAUGACCGAAAGUAUUGAAGAUAAUAUAAGAAUAAACUGCUACUUUGUGAUUUUUUGAAUGAAAUAAGUGCACUUUUUAGUCUGGAAUAAUAUCUUUUUGAAAAAGGCAACAAUUAAAUAUCGUACUUUUUUUAAACAGUUGAAUUUUUAUUAAAAUAAAAUACAGCAAAUCGGACUUUCUUUCAUUACAUGUGUUUUCUUUUUGUUGUCACAACAGGAUUGUAUUAUUAUGAAUGAAUUCCAUCUCCGACAUUUUUUGAAAUAAAAAAUGUUAGAAACGAAAGAAAGAAGUACUGACAAGCGUUUCUAACGCAUUUAUAAUAAGGAAGUAUGGCUAACUUUUUUAUGAUUGUUCGGGACAAAACCAAACAUUUAAUAUUAAUAUAAAAACAAAUUGAAAACAAUUAUUCAUAAGUGGGAACCAAGCAUGUAUUCUGUCAUUCUAAGAGGAGCCAGUUCCACCGAAAUUUGAGUGAACAGUGGUAUAGAAGUGCUACAUUAUAACAGCGCCACUCAGUCAGGUAUAAUCGUUCAAUAAAUUAACAGUUUAUGAAGUGUUAUGACACAAUGAGUCUUAUUGUGUACAAUAUAUAAAAAGGACAACAUCUCUUCAGUUCAACGCUAUUAUUAUCGAACACAAUGUCGUACAAAAACAGUUAUAGUUUAACUAAUCCAAGAGAAAUUCCAGUUUCUAAAAGUAAAUAAUAUUUUUGUUCUAUCUUAUCUAGCGAGGACUUGCUUCACGUUUAUACCGUUAAUCUAGUUCGGGAAAAUUUGAAGAUGGAGCUAAGAAUACAAUAGCGUUUCUAUUACAGAAUAAAAACUUCAUUUUCUUAUGAAGUUCACAGCGAAUAGCAUGAUUUAUCACGCAAACAGUCGAUAGUACUUUUUUCUGUUUCAUUUUUGACCGGAUGUCAAUAUUAUGAUGCUAUGUAAAUGACCCACUCAUCAUAUAUUAUCGUCACGUUACUUCAUGUGACUCAGAGUUACUACGAAGUCGCUUAUAGUCGUCACCAUAAGUCACGAGAGUUGUCGGAGUUCCCGACAGGAUUAAAAGAAGCAUCGACAAAAAUGAAGGAAGGCGCGUUUUUGUCCACUUUAGCUAUCUUUCCCGUUUAGCGGUCAUCGCACUUAUUUCCUUCUUUAGCACAAACGUUUCAACAGUUAGUCGCUCUUCUAGGGAAUUUAAUACCUCAAGCAGAAACUUACGGUAUAAGCUGUUGUUCAUCAUCAUCAAUUGCUGGCUUGAUUCACCGUCAGCGUGUCAGAUCUACGUCUAACCAACUACUAAAUGCAGACACUCCAUCUCUAAGUGAACAAUAUUCUUCAAAAGUCAACCGUAAACAGAAACAGCUUAUUGAACAUUUUGUCUACGAAAAACUUGAGGAGUACACAAGAAGAGCUCGCCCAUGGCGAAUAACAAACAUCAAACACAUUGAAAAACGUUUACUACGACAAGCACCAUUUCUCGCUAAACAAAACUACGUUCCGGAGUCUCUCGUUUGUAACUGGAUUCAUGAAACACUUGCACGCAUUGAUACCGUCGUUCAACAACUCAAAACAUUGGUAAGUUCACAAAAUGACCUUAUCGGCACAUUAAUAAGUAAAACAAAAGUAUCACUUGACGAACAGUCGAAAACUAAUAAAUGGUACAAACUGCAGUUGAAACGAGCUAAAGAAAUUAGUAAAAACGAGAAAAACCUAGACGAUAAUGAACUUUUAUACGAAUACCAACAGCAUGUAAUCAACAAACUGACACCAAACAAAACUUUCGCUUCCUCAUCAUGUUUUCGUCACAAAACGUUAAACUUAGAUGCAGCCUAUGAUGGUGCUGAACGAACAGGGAAAGAAUAUCUUUCGAUAUUUUUAACAAAAUACGCUCAACGUCCAAAACCAAAUAUUCAGUUAUUGGAUGAAAUAGUUAGUCACGGUAUGAAACAAAUGCAAAAACCUCCGAGACUCGAGGAAUUAAAGGCGGUGAAUAAUCAGAAUGUCCUCACUAAGGCAGCUUUUAUUUAUAAAACAAAAAGAGCGUACGAAAUGAAUCUGAAAAAUCAAGCUGAUGAUUUUAUGUUAUUACGUUUUGGUAAAAUUCUCACAGUCAAAUCGAAAAGUGACGACAUCGGUGAAACGUUCAUGCAACUCAUUCAUAUGUUUUUGAGUUCUGUUCAGUUAUUAGCGAAUUCGAUGAAAAACGACGAACAUAUUUUAAUCGCCGAACAUACGAUUUCGUCGUAUCUUUCUCCGACGAAGAAUGAUAUUUCAGAUAAAGUCCUUUUAUUACCGGAGACUCACAUUGAUCAGUGGACUUGGCUACUAGAAAAAUGGAAAGAAGCAUUGCAGACAUUUCCUUUCUAUCUAACCAAAUCUGGUGCAUUUGGUCGUUUGUUGAGAACAACAAUCGGUGUUGGAAUAGCAAGAUUAUAUGGUUUCGCCGAAAACAAGGAAAAUAUUAACGACGAUCAAAUUGACGAAAAAUUCUUUGAAGCCCUACAAGUGGGCUACUACUACGGAGUAGCAUAUGCAUUCGUUGACGGAUUACAAGAUGAUAGAGAAGAAGAAAACUCUGUCAAACAACAAAGUUCAUCGUCAUUUACCGAGGCAGACAUAAAUAAGUGGUUAUUGACCAUGGAAAAUGUUUUAUGUGGACAAGAGUUUGAUCGAGAUUCAUUACCAAAAUUACCAGUCACAAAAAUUGUAUUUGAAACAUUUGAUUCGCUCAUAGAGCUUACGGAAAGAAACCAUAUUAAAAAUGAAAUAUUUAACGAUUUAGCAUUGUUGUUACGUUCUCAAAGGUCAGAUAUCAAAGAAUUAGAUAAAUUUUAUUUUGAUUUAGAAUUAUAUAUGGGUACCGUUAUGAAAUCGCAUUUUACUUAUACUGCUACAGCAUUGAUGGGUAAAGCUCAAUUAGUAGAGAGUAGUGAACGUUCAUGGGAAAUGCCUGUUCUUGGUCAAAUGACAGAUGACUUUAGAGAUUUUUUUGAUGAUUUAAAAAGUCGAUCUGUCACAUCUUUUACUCAUUAUUAUCAUCACAAACAACACUGUCUUGAACACAAAUCUCUGAAUCCGUUUUACAUAUUCCUUUACAUGUGUGAAGAUCUGUAUUUAAACAGUGGUAAAGAAACGCAAACCGGAGCAUUUUUAGGACGACGAAUUAUUCGUACGCUUCGUGCUCUUGAACUGAAUUCAUCUAAACUUGGUGAAUUUUUAGAAAUUUUUGCACAUCAAUAUCCAGAAUUAGAAUCAUAUUGUUGGUCAUUACGAACAAAAUUUGAUCUUGUUAGUGACCCAGAAAAAUCUUUUUUUCGCUCAAUAAAUGAUUAUGGUAUUAAUUAUGCCCAUAAAUCAUCCAAAGGAGAUCGUACACAUCGUAAAUUAGAAACAUACGUUAAUGAUCAUCUCAAAUUGAUUGAAAAUAAUUUAAAAAUAAAAUCUGAAUCAGAUGAACAUUUACUAACCGAUGGAAUAAAUUACGCUGUGAGCGCGGGUGGAAAACGACUACGUCCACUUUUGUUAUUUAUGAUCGCUGAUUUAUACAAUCUUUCUUUAGACAGUGUGCUACCAUUGGCAACUGCAUUGGAAUAUUUGCAUACUAGCAGUCUCAUACUUGAUGAUUUACCUGCACAAGAUAAUUCAGAUACAAGAAGAGGACAAGCCACACUACAUACAUUUGUAGAUGAAUACAUACCUGCUUCUCUAAGCGAAGGCAGAGCACAACUGGUAGCUGUCGAUCUCAUUGCGCAUGCGAUGCAAUUAGUCAAUCAAGGUUUAUUACAAAAUGGAUAUUCAGUUGCUCUCAUUAGUAAUGUAAACAAUGAAAUUUCGAAAUCGAUGCAUGAACUAUGCGUGGGACAAAUGUUGGAUCUGGUUGCGGCACGCUGCACCAUUAAUCAAGAAAAUAAUACAGACGAAAAUGUUAAACUAUUGGAUAAAAUUGCUUGGUUAAAAACCGGAAAAGCCAUUGAAGUUGUUCUCGUCUGUCCGGUCAUUUUAGCUGGAGUGACCGAUACGCAUGAAAUAAGUCAAAUUCGAGAGUUCGGUAGACUGUUAGGUAUUCUAUUUCAAAUGAAGGACGACUUGUUGGAUAUUGAGGGGGAAGCCACCGGGAAACCAAAACAAAUUGAUGAACGGAAUCAAACAGUUACGUAUAUUUCAGUCCUCGGUCAAAAUGCUACUAGAGAACGAUUAAAAACAAUUGAAAGGCAAGCAAAAAACCUUGUAGAGAAACUGUGGCCGUCAGCUGGUACUGUGCAAAACGUUAUUCGAUAUAUUGUUGAAAGGAAAAACUAA